GUAAAAAAAAGUAGCAGAGAAGAGAUGACGACCAAGAUUCUGGUGAUCGGAGUGACAGGUUACAUCGGAAAAAUUAUCGUGGAGGGAAGCGCCAAGUACGGCCACGCCACUUUCGCUCUGGUUAGAGAAUCCUCUCUCUCCGAUCCCGUUAAGGCCAAACUCGUCCAGAGCUUCAAAGAUCUCGGCGUCACUAUACUCUACGGAAGUUUAAACCAAAGAGAGAGCUUAGUGAAAGCGAUCAAACACGUUGAUGUCGUGAUUUCAGCUGUUGGUCGACCCCAAAUUCUUGAUCAGAUCAAUAUCAUCGACGCCAUCAAAGAAUCUGGAAAUGUUAAGAGAUUCUUACCGUCGGAAUUUGCCAACGACGCGGACCGUACGGUGGCCAUCGAGCCGACGCUGUCUGAAUUCAUCAUGAAAGCUCAGAUACGGCGUGCCAUAGAAGCCGCAGAUAUUCCUUACACUUAUGUUGUCACAGGUUGCUUUGGUUUUUUCGUUCCUAGUUUGGGUCAGUGCCACUUGAGGCUCAAAUCUCCUCCUAGAGACAAAGUUUCCAUCUAUGACAAUGGCAAUGGCAAAGCGAUCAUCAACAGUGAAGAAGACAUUGUUGCAUAUACAAUGAAAGCUGUUGAUGACCCGAGAACACUUAACAAGAUUCUCUACAUCCACCCGCCAAAGAACAUUGUGUCGCAGAACGAUAUGGUUGCCUUGUGGGAAGGAAAAAUCGGUAAGACUCUAGAGAAGACUUAUGUUUCAGAGGAUGAACUCCUCAAAAGCAUCCAAGAGACUCAGCCUCCCAUGGAUUUUGUGAUGGGUUUGAUCCAUACGGUACUUGUAAAGAGUGAUCUUACCUCCUUCACUAUAGACCCUUCUUUCGGAGUCGAGGCUUCCGAGCUUUACCCCGAGGUUGAGUACACGAGUGUCGAUGAGUUUCUCGAUCAGUUUGUAUGAGAGAAAAAAAAAACAUCCUUUAU